AUGGCAGACGGCCAACCUUUAAGCAAAAACCAAACGAGAGAAUUCGCCCACAGAAGCGAUAAGCGCCAGAACAAUGUCAACAACGAGAAACAGAGGGAGGAGGCUACGCAGCACAGAAGGGAGAAUGACGGCAAGGCACGUCAGCAGGAGACUGAGGAGAUCAGACGUCGAUAUGGCGACCUGCUAUGGUCCAGUCGAGAGACCGCAAACGUGAGCAGCGAGUCCAGCUCAAGACUGGAUCGGUGGAGGACGUUGGCCAGGAGAUCACCUUCCGAUGCCGCAUCCAUACUGUUCGCAAGAUGA